AUGGAUUCCAUUGGCAAAACAUACAUUGUUACUGGAGCCGUUCCAAAAAGCCUGAUAUCAGCUCAGCAGAAGGGACUUGUGCACCUCCAUACAGGAUUUGAUGUCAGCUCACGGGAACAAAUCUCCACCGCUUUCGAGGCCAUUUCCCUGCAAUCUCCGGAUAUUCACGGACUGGUCAACAGUGCUGGCAUCGCACCCGAGACACUAGACAAUCUCGGUCUCCCCGAGGAGGAUGAUAUCUUCAAAAGAAUCAUGGAUGUCAACUUGUACGGGACCUGGAAUGCUGGAACCGCCUACCUCAAGCACCUCUGCACACGUUAUCCUGAAAUCAUCCAAGAUGAGAAAAAUCGAGAGGGCCUCGGGAGCAUCGUGAACCUGACCUCAGAGUCGGUCAUCAGAGCGGAUCCAGACAUGGCUUCAUGCAAUACCAGCAAGCAUGCUGUGGUUGGUCUGACCAAGUCUUGGGCGAAAGAUUUUGUCAGACGCGGAGUACGUGUCAACUGUGUCGCCCCAGGGCUGACGGAUACUCCGAUGGUUCGAAAUGAGAACUUGGACCAAGCGAUGGUUGAGGAAUUAAUCAACAGUGUGCCUAUGAAACGUGCAGCUCGACCAGAGGAGGUUGCAGAGCUUAUCGUUUUUCUACUGAGUGAGAGACCCUUCUACAUGACGGGCCAGGUGAUUCCUAUCGAGGGAGGUAUUACAAUCUAG